AUGGAGCAACACGCGAUCGCCACGUCCGUUUAUAAAGCCUUUCUUUCGUAUCUCAAUCUCCAUGACGUACGCCCUACAUUCUCCUUCCUCUACGACACUCCUCCCGACUUUGAAGGUGGUCCUCACAAAGGCCCUAUGUGGACAGUGCAACUCAUGGGAAUCAAUCCGGCCAGGGAUGUCAUACAAGACGGAGGAAAUGAAAAGGCAGUGAGGCAGUUUGGUGUGGCAUUAUCGUGGUUAAUGUUAAAUAGGAAUGGUUUAAAGAUUUUGGUUCAUCCGAAUGUGGCAAUGCCAUUUGGAGAAGUUCAGUUGGAGAAGGUGGAUCAUACAGACUAUGCACUAUGGAUGGGAGCGGUAGAUCCUUUGCCAAAAGAGUUUGAAUUGGAAUUCUUUGACCGAUUAUUGGAGAAAAACGUGAAGGAUGCGCAAGAAGCAGCAGUUAAGAGACUGCAUAAUGCUACCAACCCCACUUCGACUGCAACAUAA